UCAGAAUUGAUUUACACGUCAAAUAUAAAGGGGCCACACAGGGCCAUCAAAUAGAUGGGUGCACAGCAUAUAACCCGAAUAAUAUUUAAAAAUGUGAGAAUAUGAGAUGGAACAGUAUCUUAGAAAGCCAGAAGCAAGAACUUACUCCAGUCUUUGCAUCGUAUGAGAGUAAGUUAGAAUUCUUCCCUGAGAAUGGGCAUAUAAAAGCCAGCGUAAUUGAGCUAAACUGUCUGUGGAAUAAUUACCUGGCCCUGUGGGAGGAGCUGCAAAAAAAUGAGGGUGAAAGAGAAUUAGUGUGUAACUCGUUACAGAACCACUUUACACAAAUUAGUUGUAAGAUAUCAGAGAUAGGCGGCAUACUGUUUGCUCUUAUUGAUGAAUUAGAGUCUAUCCAGUUCCAGCGGAAGUUUGCAGAGUUUAACAAAAUGCAGGAGAAGAUUUGCAUGACUGCAUGUUCAAUUCUUUCUCUGAACAGGAAGUCACUGACUGUGGACUUACUUGGGUCACUCAGUGAUGUUGAAUACUCACUGUAUAAGUGUCUUACAGAGGGACAGAAAGUAUCAAAAACAAAGUCUAUCCAGCAGACUAACUGGAUAGAUCCAAAGCAGUAUGGGAUACUUAAAUACCUCUACAGGUUCUGUAAAUACAGUAUAAAAGACUAUUUGACUGUGCAUAAAAUUGUCACACAGAGCAUGCACCAGCAGAGAAGUGUACUAUUCACUAUACAUAUGGUGCAGCAGAUGUACACAUCAUUUGUAAAGGAAACCACCAACCACUUCAUGCCAGGGAAUUUAAUUGACACACACACGAACAUCUAUAACGAGCUGUCAAUUGAGGAGAAGAUACACCACCAUGAGUCAUCAAUCGCCCGCAGAAAGGCCACCAUAGACAUAAUCAUAGAGUAUCACAGGAGGAUAAUCCAUGAUGUUGACACAAUUAACUGGAAUGUCGGCAAAGAAGCAAAGAAUAUUGUUAACAUGGAAAAGUCCAUUCACGGCAAGUCUGACCUGUCCAUGAAAAAGCUCUUCUCACUUUUUGAGAAUGCCAGUGUAAAGUUAAAAGAGUACGAGGUAACCCUGUUUAAGUAUGCAAAACUAACCAUGGCAUCAAAGAAAUCCGACUCGUACAGUAAUCGGCUAAUUCAGAUAAAGGCACUGGACUUUAACUAUCUAAUAAUUGAAGGCCGCUUAAAAGAGCUUAAAGGUGAUGUGCAUCUGCUCUACACAGCAUCUAAGGAAAUAUACAACAGAAGAAAUCAAACAUCUGGUAAGAAUAGUUCAGAGAAUCAGCAAUAA